GAAAAAAUAAAAAAUAAAUUUAAGGGGCGAAAAAAUGAAAAAAGAAAAAUCCUACUACUGAUGAGAAGGAAGACGAGAGAUGAAAAGUCUGUGAUAGAGAUGGAUAGAUUAGACAGAGAAGGAAAAAAGCUCUCAUUCCAAAGAACACGAAAUUAGGAGGUGAAAUGCAAUCAAUACUCUCUAUAUAAGUUCUGAUGAGCAUAACCUACUCACUCUCUUUUUAUCAAUUGUACAAUUUUAGUUGUUUUGAAUCCUUUGAAAUCUUAUCUUCGUGUUUGUGGUGUCAUGGAUACACUGGGCAUGGCUUCUGAGCUUCGUAAAGGGCUUGGUUGACGCAUUCGGUAUUAUACCUCCAGCUGUUCCACCAGAAACAUCUUUUUGCUUUUUCAAUAAAAAUAUUUUGUACCCAUUCCCUAUACAUUUUACGUACGAAACAUAAUAAACAAAACAAGAAUGUACUCGCCUGGAAAACGAGCAUCGUCCGGAAAGCUUAAUGCUGCGAAAGCAACUCUGAACCCCAACGCUACAGAAUUUGUCCCUUCUGCCCUCAGGUUGCCUUCUGCCACUGCCAGCAUCAGCAGCUCAGGGGCAUUAUCGAAGUUUGUUAACUCCACACCUUUCACACCGGGGAAAAGCAUAUUAGACAGAUCAGAGUCGUCCAUUUCAAUCAAUUCUGAUGAUGAAGCACAGCAGUAUUGGCGCCAUCAGCUUCCCGAUGAUAUAACUCCCGAUUUCAAGGUCAUGGGUUUAGACGACACUCAAGGAGUCAAUAGCUUACCAUUUUCAAACUUAUCGUUGACUGAUAUCAAUGAAGGUUCAAAAUUUUCUGCUUCAUCAGGCCUUUCUCUUCAUCCUAUGAAUGGUAAUAGUCAUGCUGAAAAGCUGAGAUUCUCUCCUUAUGGAAAAUAUGUAUCUCCCACUGGUUUUUCACCUUCACCCGGUAAAUUGUGCGACCCGUCGAUUGUGGGAAAUGAUCAGCAUUUUGCUCUAGAAGGACACGAAGGUGGAAAUUUGGGACAUGGUUUUCUGGGUGAUGUGUCGAGUGAGCAGUUACUUUCUGACAGUCCAGAUGUGAACCCUCUUGAGAUUUUGGCUUCACAGUUUCCGGGUUUUGCUGCUGAAAGUCUUGCAGAGGUGUAUUUUGCUAAUGCAGGGGAUUUAAAUCUAACUAUUGAAAUGCUUACUCAGCUCGAGCUUCAGGUCGAUGGAGGCUUAAAUCAAAGUCUCAACUCAAAAGCCUUGUCCACUCCUAAUCUUAGCGCCAUGGAUUUUCCGGCUCUUUCUUCCAGAGACGGUCAGAAUGAUAUAUCAAAAUCUAGAGGUCACAGUCCCAAUCAAAAUGGUGGUUCCGCACUGUUAUUCAGAUCUAAUUCCUUUGUCCCCUCGAGAGGCGCCACAGAUUUUGCUUCAGCUGUAAGAAAAAUGGCGUCUCAAGAUUCCAACAUAUGGAAGUAUGAAAGAAAUGGUUCUUCGGGUGCAAGCAUUGGAUCAAGUAGAAAUUCGCAAGUUUUGGCAAGCUCGUAUAUUGGUGGUCCUAACACGGGUGUUUAUGGUGAUAGGUAUCAAAGUCGAGGAUCAGCUCACACUCCUCCUGUCUGGCUUGAAACGGGAGAAUCUGUUGCUAAUAUGUAUUCUGAAAUGCGGGAGGAAGCUCGUGAUCAUGCGCGUGUGCGUAAUGUGUACUUUGAACAGGCUCGACAAGCAUACCUUAUUGGUAACAAGGCCUUAGCCAAGGAGUUGAGCAUUAAAGGGCAGUUGCACAACAUGCAGAUGAAAGCAGCUCACGUGAAGGCACAUGAAACUAUAUAUCGUCAGAGAAAUUCAGAUAUUCAGACUAAUGGGAGAGAAAGAAUGAUCGAUCUUCAUGGUUUGCACGUGAGUGAAGCCAUUCACGUGCUUAAGCGUGAGCUAGCCUUAAUUAGAAAUGCAGCCAGGUCAAUUGACCAACGCUUGCUUGUCUACAUAUGUGUGGGGACAGGUCACCACACGAGAGGUUCACGUACUCCAGCUCGAUUACCAGUUGCUGUCCAAAGGUACCUUCUAGAAGAAGAGGGUCUCGAUUUUACUGAGCCUCAGCCAGGGCUCCUUCGAGUUGUGGUAUACUAAAGUAGAGAUUUUUGGCAUAGUAUGUGGGAAAAUAUUGAGAAAAAAAAAAAGAGGAAUCUGUUGUAUCUGUAAAUGGUAAAGCUGUCUAGAAUAAUUCUGCAGAUGGGUAAAAGUUUUAAGAAUGGAAAAACAAAAGAUGUUAGGUCAGAGGAAGAGGCUCAGAAUGUGCAUAACUACUAUUACUGUGAAGUUGGCCCAUGUUUUAGAGUGUGUUUUUGUAGCUGCAACUGACUUACAGUCAUUGAUAGGCCUAUUUUUGUUGAUCUUUGUACUUUACUCAAAUUUUUUUGCGUUACAAGAUUUUUCAUCAUAUGUAGGUGUAACUGAGAAUUCAUGCAGCUGGAAGUUUUUUUUUUUGAGAUUUUUCA